CGAUACUACUACUACUAUAAUAUUACACUCAAACUAGUGCAUUCAUAUAAUUGUCUGAGGUUGGUAUUGGUUAAAAGCUUUAUCUACUAAACUCGAACAUUCUCCGUCUACCUUCACUAAUUUCUCGGCAACCAAACGUGACUUACGUACCAUCCCAUCUAUCGCAUUUAAUGUGACAUUCCCCACGGUACGACAAACUCCAAACCAGCGAGUUACGUCAUCGAAGACACCCCCUUCACCGAGUGAAGUGUGUUUCGUUUAGUCAUCUAGUUGCCUACCGAUUACAAAUUCGAUUGCAAUCAGGAGCAUGAAUUCUGUCCUCAUUACCGGCUGUAAUCGAGGUCUCGGCCUUGGACUAGUCAGAAGCUUUCUGAAACUUCCUUCGCCGCCACGGCACAUUAUCGCUACUUGUCGUAAUCUACAGCAAGCCGAGUUUUCUUUCCACGUGCCCUCGUGUGCAUUCGUCACGAUGACUAUACCAUUUCUACGGUUGAAUGUACACAUGGUGAUUUUCCUCUAUGACGUGAAAAUAAUCUACCAACCUGGCGUAUGACUGUUAUCUAUUUAAAUUUGAUCAGUUCGCUUCGGCAGCUGCAUGCUACGCACUUUUCGGGAACUCAACUCGCUGGCACAGCAGCAUUCUAACUUACAUAUUCUCCAAAUCGAUUUGAAGGAUAUAGACAAGUACGACCAAUUCGUCGGCCAGGUGGAAUCCAUUGUCCAAGAUAACGGUCUGAACGUGUUGUUCAACAAUGCCGGCAUAUCGCCCAAAUCAACACGGCUCGGUUUCGUCAAAGGCGACGAUCUGGUGGAAACUUUCGUGACUAAUACCGUCGCACCGAUUAUGCUGACCAAGGCGCUGGUUCCGCUGUUGAAAAAGGCAGCUGAAGUGAACGCUUCGGUACCGAUUGGACCGCAAAAAGCGUGCAUCGUCAAUAUGAGCUCCAUUCUCGGUUCAAUCGAAGCUAACUCGGAUGGGGGAUUGUACGCAUACCGAACGUCCAAGUCGGCAUUGAAUGCCGCCACCAAAUCAAUGAGUAUUGAUUUGAAGCCUAACAACAUCAUGGCCGUGGUAUUACAUCCUGGUUGGGUACGUACCGAUAUGGGCGGCUCAAAGGCUCCGUUGUCCGUAGAGCAGAGUUGCGCCAAGAUGGUGCAGACUGUUAUGGGGUUGAGCGAUGUGCAUAACGGAACAUUUUUGCAGUACGACGGUAAACAGUUGCAGUGGUAGAAAUGGUGCAAGUUCUAUUGGACGCGUUGUUGUUCAGAGCAAUAUUGUAAAUAUAUGGGUUAUGUAUGAAUGGGGAAAAAUAUAAAUAAAUUUAGGUGAAAAUUUUUAAUUUAAUUUGAACGAAGUUUGAAGACAGUAAGAUAAUGUUUGAGGCUAGAGCCUAGUUUUUUUUUUCAAAAGCUUUAGGACCGAUUUCUUCACCCUCGCUUAACUUUUAAACUAGGUUCACCAGUACGUUUACAAACAAUUAUAGGAUUAGUUUUCGAGGUUUUGAGAGCUGCAUAAAUGUGCCUAAGACGGACACGUUAAGGUUAAAUAGCAAAUUGUACGCAAAUCGUGAUUUGAGAUCAUAUUCAAUCUAUAUUAACUUAUACUAAUAAAAUUUAAAACAGAAAGAUGUUCAAAAUGGUUGUGAAAGAGGCACAAAAUGGUUAUUUCAAAACUGGGAUAAGAAAGACGGACUCCUGGCACGGGUAAGAUGGACAUGCGGUAUUGGUAAAGAUAAACCUAGGACAAGGGCAGAGUGAGACGCUUCGCGAUUAAUAAAUUUUGUUUACAAUUUUGGUACAUCCCAAUGCUGUGAUACUAAAAAAUAGUCCGAGAGUAUGCAAUUUGACAGCAUUCUGAUUUGUACUCACGUAAUAAAUAUGUUCAUCUUUCCCUACCCUGCUGUGUCCAUCAUACCCAGCAUGAUACCAAAUUUAAAAAAUUCUUUUUAAAUUAUGAUCGACCUAUUGAUAUUUGUUUUUUUUUACCAGUCAAGUGCUUAAUACAUGGCAAGUUAGAAAUAUUUCCCCACAUCAACGGUUUUGUGGCGUCAAAAACUUAUCCAUUAGCAAGUUCUCGAAAAAAACAUGGUGUUGUUUAAAUAUCUGACAAUGCGCACAUUAGAUAAUAUCAGUAUCUUUCAGAA